AUGAUCACGCGACAGCCCCCAGCAGCAGUCUCGCUCCUUACCUCUCUCCUCCGACCGUCGACCUCUGCGUCGAAAUCUAUAAGACCUCAAUCCUAUAUCUGCACACCAUGUCGACGACAAUUGCACCGCGGCCUCCCUGCUGAGGGUUACAUCCCAGCGCCCACACCCUUUGUGCCCGACGUGCCCACCUUCCUCAAACUCAUCGGGCGUGAACUCUCCAAACACGCCAGCAAAAUCGAGUCUUGGGAGGAACUCUUCACCCUGACAUCUAAUCAGAUGAAAACACGAGGCAUCGACCCUCCACGAACGCGGAGAUAUCUGCUGCGUUGGCGGGAGAAGUUCCGGCAAGGGGAAUUUGGCAUCGGAGGUGAUUUUCAAUAUGUGAAGGAUGGUGUUGCGGAGCUACGGGUCGUUGAAGUACCCAGUCUGAAAAAAGACCCCGUGACAGGAGACCCUGUAUCCGGGCCGGUCACCAUCGGGAGGAGUCCUGGGAUGCAGAAGCUGAUCGUCAAUGUGCCCAAUGGUUCUACCUCGUAUCAGUUGCUCCCUGGCCAGACGACGGCGGACCUAAAGAAACCGAACGGCUUCACGUUGAAGAAUGGAUACAUUAUCAAGGGCAAGCAGGCACAUCCCAUUGCAGGCACGCAUGGAAGUGGUGUCACAGUCAAGGCCGUUGAAGGGUUGUGGGAGCAUAAGCGAGGAAGGAAAGUCUAUGGCGGUGAGAGGAGGCGGGCGGAGACGUUGCAUAAGAUGAGAGUGGAGGAAAACAAGAAGAACGCAAGAUAA